ACGCAUUUGAUCAUCUUUCAUCGAGUCCAACAUCAUCACUGUCAUGAGUGUCGGAUCUCUUCAAGGCGGUCCUCGAGUGGGCUGCUUGGGUGGCGGCCAGCUGGGUCGUAUGAUGGGGUAUGCGUCGCAUCGUCUCGGCCUGUCCUUCUCGUGCCUGGACCCUCAAGGUAGCGAGUCGCCUGCGGGCCAAGUCGUGCCGACGGUGACCGGGUCCUUCACAGACGCCGCGGCGAUUGAGGCAUUUGCCGCCCAGUGCGACGUGCUGACCGUGGAAAUCGAGCAUGUUAACGCCCAGACCCUUCGUGCGCUUCAGACGUCGCAUCCUUCUCUGACCAUCCACCCCAGUCCCGAUACGAUUGCAUUGAUCCAGGACAAGUUUGCGCAAAAGGAGUUCGUGGCGGCGUUGAACCUCCCCGUGGGACAGUUCCGUCGUGUGGACUCGUUGGCAGAAGCCGAGGCCGCGGGGGCCGCGUUCGGGUUCCCGUUCAUGCUCAAAUCUCGCUUGUGGUCGUACGAUGGCAAGGGCAACGCCGUCGUGGACUCUCCUGCGUCGCUGGCGUCUGCCAUCGCCGCUCUUGCGGGCAACGAGCCGUUGACUCCUGGCAAGCUGUACGCUGAAAAGUGGGUGCCGUUUGUAAAGGAAUUGGCGGUCAUGGUGGUCCGUCAAGGCUCUGACGUGCGCUCGUACCCGGUCGUGGAAACCACGCAACACAACAACAUUUGCCACACGGUGCUCGCCCCCGCCGCGAUCCCGCCGUCCGUCCUCGCGGCGGCAGAUGCGCUGGCCUCGACGGCCGUCGCGUCGCUCAGCGGCAACGGCAUCUUUGGCGUCGAGCUGUUCCUCACCGCAGACGGCCACGUGUGGCUCAACGAGAUCGCGCCACGCCCCCACAACUCGGGCCAUUACACGAUCGAAGCAUGCAACACUGAUCAGUUUGAAAACCACUUGCGCGCCGUGGCUGGGCUACCGCUGGGGUCGCCUGCGCUCAAGGUGGGUGCUUCGUGGAUGCUCAACCUGCUCGGGUCGAGUGACCCGGCUGAGACGACGUCGUUGAUUGCCUUGUCGCACACCGUCCCGGGCUCGGCGGUGCAUUGGUACGGCAAAGCCGCGAUUCGCCCCGGUCGCAAGGUGGGUCACUUGACCGUCGUGGCAUCGUCGGUCGCCGAACUUCGCGCGCGCGCGCUCGUGUUGAGCCCAACUGCCAACACGCUGCUGCCUAAAGUACCGUCGCCCGUGGUAGGGAUCAUCAUGGGGUCAGACUCGGACCUCCCCGCCAUGUCGGCCGCCGCCAAGAUCCUCGACGACUUUGACAUCCCGUACGAACUCAGCAUCGUGUCGGCGCACCGCACCCCCGAACGCAUGUACACGUACGCGCAGAGCGCGCGCGCGCGCGGACUUCAAGUGCUGAUUGCCGGCGCUGGCGGAGCAGCCCACUUGCCCGGCAUGGUGGCGGCCCUUACACCGCUGCCAGUGAUCGGCGUGCCGAUUCAGACGCGCGCGUUGAGUGGCAUGGACUCGCUGCUGUCGAUUGUGCAGAUGCCCAAGGGAAUUCCGGUGGCGACUGUGGCCAUUGGCAAUGCUGCGAACGCAGGCUUGCUGGCCGUGCGCAUUUUGGGCGGCGAUGCCAACUUGACUAAAAUGGAGACGUUCUUGGCGGCGCAGGAACGGGAAGUGCAGGGAAAGAUCGACAAGAUGGAAGAGCAAGGGUGGAGCGCGUACUUGGGCAACAUGUCGGUGUGAUAUGACGCGUACCUAAAACCACAUUUGGGCGCGUUGGAGGCUUGAAAAGAGAUCAAUAACAGCAACGAAGAAGAAGAUAAUGCUGCGGGCUUGUGUUGUGCAUGUCCAGAGUAGUGUUACUGUAUGUGCGGGGGUAUGAAAGCGUUGGUGUAAACCUGUGGGUUGGCGGCGUCUAGGGCGACUUUGAAUACUACAUGCACA